GAGGGAACGAACCCACCAUUUUCGUAUAUGUACAAAGCAUCCAAUUUUAGAGAGAGAGAGAGAGAGAGAGAGAGAGAAUGGAGGGAGGAGAGAGUAGGGGGAGCAAGGUGGUGGUGGUGGGGGGCGGCGUCGCCGGAGCCCUCCUCGCCAAAACCCUACAACACGACGCCGAUGUGACCCUCGUUGAUCCGAAGGAGUACUUUGAGAUUCCCUGGGCCGAGCUGAGAUCGAUGGUGGAGCCGAUGUUCGCGGAGAAGACACUUAUAAGGCACACCGACUACCUUACUAACGCACAAGUAAUCACAUCGCGCGCGACCAAUAUAAACGAAACUGAAGUUUUAACUGAAAAUGGCACGAUACUCCCUUAUGAUUAUCUCGUUAUAGCUACCGGCCACGACUAUGCUUUUCCAAGAAGCCCGGAGCAGAGACUCGAGCAGUUUCAAGAAGAUAACAAGAAGAUAGAAUCGUCAAACUCAAUCCUUAUCGUGGGAGGCGGUCCCACCGGCGUCGAGCUUGCCGGAGAGAUCGCAACCGACUACCCAGAAAAGAAGGUGACUCUAGUCCACAGAGGCUCAAGGCUCCUCGAAUUCAUCGGACCAAAGGCUUCUGCAAAAGCCCUGAAAUGGCUCAAGUCGAAGGAUGUAGAAGUGCUUUUGGAGCAAGCAGUCGACCUAAGCUCCUUAUCGGAGAACAACACCGAGUUCACGACAUCAGCGGGGAAAACCAUUAUAGCCGACUGCCACUUUGUUUGCGCCGGCAAGCCGUUGGGAUCGAAAUGGCUCGAGGAAACUAUCUUGAAAGAGAGCUUGGACCAGAAUAGAAGGUUAAUGGUCGACGAGAACUUGAGAGUUAAAGGUCGGAAGAACAUUUUCGCGAUCGGAGACAUUACGGAUGUUCCGGAACUUAAACAAGGAUACCUAGCUCAGGCUCAUGCUACACUGGUUGCGAAGAACUUGAAAGCAUUGAUAAAAGGGGGCAAAGAGAGCAACCUCGCGGUUUACAAGCCCGGCUCGGCGAUUGCGAUAGUUUCCUUGGGAAGGAAGAGCGCGGUCGCGCAGUUCCCCUUCCUGACGAUGGGCGGGCGCCUGCCCGGCAUGAUCAAAUCCGACGACUUGUUCGUCGGGAAGACGCGGAAAGUUAUGGGUGUGUGAUUUUUAUUGAAUCUUACAAAGUUAUUGAAUGUGUGUGUGUGUGUGUGUGUGUGUGUGUGACAUGUUUAAAUCCUCUUGUGUGUGGUGUGUUGUUGUAUUGAAUUUUGUUUGUUCAUGUUUGUUGGUUUCAGUAAAAUGUUGUGUACAUCA